UUUGCUUGUAUUGUAAUCUUGUUAGAGCGUCAGGAAUGUUGAUCAAUGUUAUGGGAAAUGAAUUGUAAUUUGAAUACAUGUCGUUAGUGACACUCUUAUUGUAAAAUUACAACAUGUUAUAGUAGGUAACGUACCUACUUCGAAAAUGAGUUCUAUACAAGAGCGAUUGCAGCUUAAAAGAGUGCCGUUAGAUACUUGGAAUAUAAGAGAGCAAUUAUGCCUAGCUUCUGCCGUGGUCAGAAGUGGCGACCAAAAUUGGAUGUCAGUGUCUCGCUCGUUAAAAACUAUUGGGGAACCGAAUAGACCGGCGGAUUGGUAUUCACAGAAAAGUUGUGCUGUACAAUAUGGAGCGCUUUUGGAGCAUGUUGAGACACCCAAACGCAAGAAGCGAAGCUCCGAAGGCGCUGUGGAAACUCCACAGGAGAGCAUAUUGAAACGGCUCACGCAGGAGCGCAUUGUGGAGAUACAGAAGAAUUUGGCGGAAAUGAACAAACAGUAUGAACAGCUGACUAAAACAAUAUCCGAAGCGCAAAAUCCUUUGACGAGCGAGGACCGUCUUCAAGAGAUAUGGUCUUCAAUAGAGGCGAGCAAGCGGGCGAGGGAGCGAGAGGCGGCUAGGCGGGCCGCCUGGUUGAAAGAAAGAGAGGAGAGACGCGCCCGAGCCGAUAGGACUUGGCGGCCGCAGACUACCACUUCUGCUACACCAGCGCCCCCCGCCUCUCCGUUGCUGACCUCGCUGCUGAAAUCAUCACCGGUCGUGACCACGCCGCAGCAUAUAUCGCAUCCCGCUAAUUCUAUCGAGACAAUAUCCCCGUCGGCCACAGCGCCCACGUUGUCUAUGCUCCUAGAGAAGAACGCGCCAUCUGGCGCCACUCAGCAUGAAAGUAAACACGCGGCCAUAGAGCAUAUAAAGAGUCAGUUGGUCCAGAUUGAACAGCAGUUGAAAGCCGGCACGAGUUCCCCCGCGCCGCUAGCGCCGCCCGCGGUGGACAUCGACGACAUUGAGAUCAAGGCGGAGGACGUUUAUGCGUUCCGAGACAUCGACAUACACAUACCGCCCGUCGCCGCUAUGCACAAGGCGGCCGUCAGGGCAACAGAUAAACCUACUUUGAAAAAGGAGGACACGGAAGAUAAUGAUACCACACCGGAAGUGAGUGCUGCAGAAGAGAUUGUGGACGUGGUUAAGGAGGAGCCAAUAACAGAAGAGCAGGAAACGGAAGAAGUGCAAGUUGUUGAAGUUGAAACGCUACCCGCAGAAGAAACACCAGUUGAGGUGCCAGCACCGCCUGAUGUCACACAGGAAGUGAGAAUAUCGUUCCCGGAAGUGAAAUUCCCAACGCCUGAGAUAAAGGUCAUCAUACAACCUGACGAACAGAAGAUAAAAGAGGAAGUCAAAGAGCCAGAAGUGCCACCUCCAGUGCCGGAAACGACGGAGGAGGAAGUUGUCGAAGAGGAAAUAACGGUUACCGCUGACGAAGAACCCGGCCGCGAAGAGCCACCAGUAUUAGAAGAGACGGCGGAACCGGAAGUGGAGGAGACACCCCCACCCCCGGAGGAGGCCCCCCCACCACCGGAACCGGAAGUCGCGCCGCCGCACACGAUACCGCUGCCGCCGGAGCCCGCGCCGACUGGAGAAGUCAUAGAUGUGCCGCUGCCCGAGGAACCUUCACCGGCCACUUUGGAACCAAGUGAAGAGCCGAAAUCCGAGAUGACGGCGCAAGAUGUACCUGAGGAACAACAAAACGUUGGAGAAGUUAAGGGGGAAGAUGACGAUGACUCAAUUCCACUGAAGCAGAUGUUGAAGGAGCCGCAGCCGGUCCAGGAGUCGCAGGAGUCGCGUGACCACGGUGACCACACCGAGACUGACGACGAUACGCCCAUGGAGAAUACCUUUCAGUUGAGCCGGGAGGAGGAGAAAGACGGCAAGAAGAAGAGAGAUUAUUCGCGCAAGAAGAAAUCUGAUUCUAGAACGUGCUCGGGGUCGGAGAGUGCGCCGGAGUCGCCGAGCGCGAGCGACGCCGAGCGGCAACACAGGCUGUGGAAGAAAUCCGUCAUGCUAGUGUAUAGCAGGUUAUGCGCACACAAAUACGCGUCAUUGUUCCUGCGUCCAAUCAGCGAUGAGGAGGCGCCGGGCUACAGCAUUGUGGUCAAAAGGCCCAUGGACUUGACCACUAUUAGGAAGAACAUAGAUGCAGGCAUCAUCAGAACAACUGCGCAGUUCCAAAGAGAUGUUCUCCUGAUGCUGUCCAACGCUUUGAUGUACAAUAGUAGUGAACACAGCGUGUAUACAAUGGCUAAGGAGAUGCACGAGGAGGCACAAUGCCAGCUGGGCAUGUUGUUGGCUGCGCAGGCGCACGCGGGACUGACCGCGACUCCGCUCGCGAGGAGAAAGAGGCGCCGGGCGGACUCGCCGACCAUAGCCAAAAGACCUCAUCUAACAUGAUAAUAUAUCUCUAAUAAUAUACAAUUAAAUUUGU